AUGACCUCCGCAGUUCCUCCUCCCCGGCCGGUGUCAGUCAAUUCGAUAGCCAGUGUACCCGUUGCAGUUCCUACAAGCACAGGGAAGCCAAACUGUAGCAUCAGUGCAAAUAUUCCUUACCGAGAUGUCUGUGAAAACCGCACCUCCAGCCCUAUCCCUGCCAGUGAGGACCAAUCUCAUCUCCCCGCAGAAGUCCUCGCAUCCACUAUCUCAGCCCCUGCCCAGUCGGGAAUCCAAUUCGUGAACCUCCCAGUUGAGAUCCAUGAGAUUAUUCUUGAUCAUAUCUUUGGCAAAAAAGCCUCAGCUGGUAACCAUACAGCAUAUGGUGAAUCUUCUGCUCAAAACUGGACCAAGGCUCUCCAUCAUCCGCGGCGGAAGGCCCUUUCCAACCUGGCCUUGACUUGCCGGGUGUGGACUGGACUUGUUCAAACCCGAAUUUACCGCCAUAUCAGAAUCAAGGGCAGCAGAGAUGAAUUGGCCAACUGUGCACGGUGGUUCAAGAGAAACCCCCAUUUGAUUCCUUAUGUCUGCCACAUUGAGAUUUGGAUGCCUAUCUGGGGAGACCGGGCCCUUUGGUCUAACGUUCCUCGCUCGAAUGCAGAGCAACAUGCCGCUCAGGCAGCUGCAGGACAGGCUGUACCCAUGCAGUGGAAUCAUAACCAUAAUGAAGGAGAUAAUAUUUUUUAUUAUCACCGUGCAACCAACAACGCUUCACUGGAGGAAAUUUUUGGGCUUGUUCGGCGCUUUUUCCCCGCUGCCCGAGUUCUCACGCUGGAGGGUGGCCAUUGCAAGAACCCGCCUAUGGCCCGACAUUUCCGCCAUAGUCGUGGCAUGUACAGUCUGCAGGGUCUCAACCAACGACGUCUACCUGUCCUUGAACACAUACAGACAUUUAUCAUGCGUGGUGCCUGGAACCUGAUGCGACAACUUGACGACUGGCACAAUAUUUCACGGGCGUUGCCAGCUUUGAGUGAAUGGCAUUGUGCUUGGGCCCAACCCCAUCUGAAUGCCUACUUCAUCAUGAUACACAUCUUUACUGACCUUCCAUCUACAAUCAAACAUAUCAAUCUCAGCCUAGAGGGAUUUUACAAUAACAGUGAUGGUUUGUUGGCUGGGCUUUCUGGACCUCGAACCUCGCUUCCUCCAAUCUGCAGUCUGCUUGGCGAGACAGCUCCACGUUUAGAGUCAUUUACCUACACUGGUCGUGUUUGCUGGUACUUCUUUGAGACAUUGAAGCAGGGGGCAACGGCAAUGGAUUCUCGUUCUCGGCUCAGGUCACUGGAUCUUGUAGUCAAGGCGUGCUGUCACAAUAAGCAGGUAGACAGAUCGCAUCACUGGUCGCAGAUGAGCCAGGGGAUAGGCGGAAUUACCAGCAUUGCGUUCAUUCGCGCGUUCGAGGCAAUGGUGGUCAAAGCAAUCGAGUGUCUAUCCGUACUCCCUGCCCUGGAGUACUUGCGGAUGCGUUUCAUCGACCUCGACUCAAGCUGUCCGCCUCUGAACCCUUAUUUCCAACUUGUCAAUAACGAGUGCACAGGCCUGUGGAGUGAAGACAUCCUCGAAGCUUUGCGCAUAAACCGACCAUCGGCCUCAUUUAUCGCUCUUACAGAUGGAAUAGCUGCGGAGUACGAUGACCACCAAAUUGUGGGCGCCUUGAUGCCCCGAGUUCGUCCCCUGGGUAUCCAAGUGAACACGUACAGCCUUCUUGCCGACGCCUCCAACCCUUACUAG